AUGGAGUACACGACCCACGAUGAAAUAAACCUCGUCCGACUCGUUCGAAGGCUCGAGAAGAGCGUCGCUACACCCGAUGAGUGGAACGAGGGCAAUGAGUGGAUUUGGUUAAAAGCGCAGAAGGAUCUCCAGAAAGUCAAAUACGCACGCAAACUCGUCAAGAACGUCGAGACAUACGACGAGGACGCGUUACUCCCAGCCAAGAUCAAGCAGCGUAACGAACUCUUGAUCAAGCUGGACAAAGUCGAGGUAUUCCUCAAAGACGUGCAUCAGCGCACACUACCACCCACCAACCGCCCCGCACCACUCCUCCCGUCCAUACCAAAACCCGAGUUCUCCCCCCCAGAACAAAACACACCACUCCUCUCCUCCACCGCCCUCUUCUCGCCACCCUCUCUCCCCCCAUCUCCUCUCCCACCUUCCUUUCCCCCUCUCGCGCGCACAUCCCCAUCAACCACCACCGCCCUCGCUCCCACAAACACAGACGCCCUCAUCCCACGCAAACCCCCCACCUCAACACCAUCAAACCCAGCCCACACAUCCCUCCAAUCUUCCCUCUCCCUCCAACUCUCCCAAAUGGCAACCCAACUAAAACGUAACGCCGAACACUUCCAACAAACACUCGAAAAAGACAACGCUCUCCUCCAAAUAACCUCCCAAAAGAUCGAGGAGAACUACGACGCGAUGGGUAAAGCUCGUGUCAUGCUUAAAGAUCUUACAGGGAAGAGUGGUGGAACGACGUGGUUGGUCGUGGCGAUUGUGAUGUGCGUGUUGGGUGUGUUUGUGGCUAUGGUGGGUGUUAUUCGGUUUUCGAGGUUUUGA